GUCAGUGUGUAGCAGGUUGAACGAGGAAUGGAACCGCUUUACAAAUGGAUAAAGAGUUAUUUCGCAAGCUUGCGUCGAAGAUUGUGAUAGCAUCGAUUAAAAUAUUGAGCCAAGUCGAGGAGUACAUGCGAUUAUCCCAAGUGAAGUGUGUUGGACUGGGCUCUGUGACAGCCACCAGCAAGGCAGCGACAACAAUGACAUUUUCUUUAGACAAGGAGUAUCCCAUAGAACUAUCUGGACUGAGUUCUAAGGUUUACCAGAGUAAUUUGAAAGCUAUGGAGUGCAUGCUGGGCCCGCAGUCGAACCUGGGUCUCAGAGAUCUUGCAGUGCACUAUGGCUGUUUGGAAUCGGCUUCUCUGAUCCUUCAGCAGUAUGAGGACCGCUUACCUGCAGCUCAACUUGAUUUAUCAAAACCUCUCUUUACCACAGCCGCCCUAUAUACAGCGUUCAAGUGCAUGAAAAUCAGAACUGACAGAAAAUUUGGACCGCAGAUCUGCCAUGAGGCAUCCUCUAUGGAGGAUCCAAUCAAAAAAGCUCAAAAGAGGCUGAAGACUCUUACUGAAAUGGAAGACGAUGGAAUAGUUUCCCCAAAUAUAAAAAUUGUAUCAUCAUUGUCAUCAACAUGA